AUGGAAUGGGUUAUCCUCGCUGCGCUUGAACGCAUGAUGCACUAUGCAUCGUGCUUGCCUACCUACCAGACGUCUAUGCACCUCAACCUUCCCUCCGUAGAGGAGUACCAAAAGCGCAAAGUAGCGCUUAUUUCAGGCAUUACUGGCCAGGAUGGUUCCUAUCUGACGGAACUGCUGUUGGAGAAAGGCUACCAGGUGCAUGGUAUCAUACGUCGCUCGUCCAGCUUCAAUACUGGACGCCUGCACCAUCUGUAUGAGGAUCAGCAUGAGCGGCCCAACAAAUUCAAGCUGCACUACGGCGAUCUCAGCGACAGCACCAAUCUCGUGUACAUCCUCGCCCAGGUUCAACCUACCGAAGUGUACAACCUCGGCGCGCAAUCGCACGUCAAGGUCUCGUUCGAGAUGGCCGAGUACACAGGCGACGUCGACGGCCUCGGUACCCUCCGCCUGCUCGACGCGAUCCGGACCUGUGGCCUCGAGAAGCACGUCAAGUUCUACCAGGCGUCCACAUCUGAGCUCUACGGCAAGGUCGUCGAGACGCCCCAGAGCGAGACGACGCCCUUCUACCCCCGCUCGCCGUACGGCUGCGCUAAGCUCUAUGCGUACUGGAUCGUGGUCAACUACCGCGAGUCGUACGGCAUGUUCGCGUGCAACGGCAUUCUGUUCAACCACGAGAGCCCGCGACGGGGCCGCACGUUCGUGACACGCAAAAUCUCGCGUGCGGCUGCGGAUAUCUCGCUCGGCAAGCAGUCGUGUCUGUACCUCGGAAAUAUUGACGCUCGUCGUGAUUGGGGCCAUGCCCGCGAUUAUGUUGAGGGCAUGUGGAAGAUGCUCCAACAGCCGACUCCCGAGGACUUUGUCCUCGCCACUGGAGAGACGCACCCUGUCCGCGAGUUCGUUGACAAGGCGUUCGCUGCCGUCAACAUUCAACUUAGGUGGGAGGGCAGCGGUGUCGACGAACAAGCCGUCGACGUCCAGACCGGCAAGGCCGUCGUCAAAGUCGACCCUCGAUACUUCCGUCCUGCUGAAGUCGACCUCCUAUUGGGCAACCCUGCCAAGGCAGAACGCCUCCUCGGCUGGAAGCGUCGCGUCGACUUCGACUCGCUCGUUAAAGAGAUGGUUGCAGCAGACCUUAAAGCUGCUGCCAGCCUCGUUGAGGAUCAGAACUAG